CUCAGUCGGUCUCUAGGCACCGGGAGGCGGCUCCCCCCCACCACCCCCCGGGCCGGCCUCCACCGCAGUCUCUCCGGCCCCCACCCCCGGCGCGCGCUCCUCCGCACCCACAAGGGCGUUCAGCAGCAGCCGCGCCUCCCCUUCCCGCCGCCGCCUCCUUUUCCGCUGGCUGUGGCGGGCGAGGACACGUCAGGGGCCAUAAAUAAAUAAAUAAUUCCAUUCACCCGUUGACAGCAAGGCGAACCGGCUGGGGCUUGCGGGGAACAGAGAGCUGCAGCGCCCACCCUGCGCCAGAGACCAGAUAAAGAGUCAAUCUUAAGAUGUGAUGCUUUCAUGUGAAACCUGAAACAAGGUGAUCUGGGGAACCAAAGACUCUAGGACUCUUGGUGCCAACAGAGCUACUCUAUUACUUGAAUUUUCAUUAGAGGAGCAGAAAUGCCACCAAUGCCAAGUACCCCACCUCUGCAUCCACCUCCAGAUGGAGGAUGGGGCUGGGUUGUGGUUGGAGCAGCUUUUAUCUCCAUUGGAUUUUCAUAUGCAUUCCCUAAAGCCGUCACCGUAUUCUUCAAAGAAAUUCAGCAAAUAUUCCACACUACCUACAGUGAAAUAGCAUGGAUAUCAUCCAUUAUGCUGGCUGUUAUGUACGCAGGAGGUCCUAUAAGUAGUGUUUUGGUGAAUAAAUACGGCAGCCGGCCGGUGGUGAUAGCAGGAGGCUUAUUAUGCUGUCUUGGAAUGGUGUUGGCCUCCUUCAGUAGCAGCGUGAUCGAGCUGUACCUCACUGUGGGAUUCAUUACAGGUUUAGGUUUAGCCUUCAACCUGCAACCCGCCUUAACAAUAAUUGGCAAAUACUUCUAUAGGAAGCGACCCAUGGCAAAUGGAUUGGCCAUGGCAGGAAGUCCUGUUUUCUUAAGUUCAUUGGCUCCUUUCAAUCAGUACCUUUUUAAUACUUUUGGCUGGAAAGGAAGUUUCCUGAUUUUGGGAAGUCUACUUUUGAAUGCCUGUGUGGCUGGGUCCCUCAUGAGACCCCUUGGACCCAGUCAAACCACUUCUAAGUCUAAAAAUAAGACUGUCACAACAGAAGACGAUUCAGGCCAGAAGAAAAUCAAACCGAAGAAAUCAACUUGGGGAAAAGUUAAUAAGUAUUUAGAUUUCUCCCUUUUUAAGCAUAGAGGAUUUCUGAUAUAUCUGUCUGGAAAUGUCAUUAUGUUCCUAGGUUUUUUUGCCCCCAUUAUAUUCUUGGCUCCAUAUGCUAAAGACCAGGGAAUUGAUGAGUACUCGGCAGCUUUUCUGCUAUCUAUUAUGGCUUUCGUUGAUAUGUUUGCUAGGCCUUCUGUAGGAUUAAUUGCAAACUCCAAACAUAUUCGACCUCGAAUUCAGUACUUCUUCAGUUUUGCAAUCAUGUUCAAUGGAGUGUGUCAUCUCUUGUGCCCGCUGGCACAGGACUACACAAGCCUGGUAUUAUAUGCUAUAUUUUUUGGCCUUGGAUUUGGGAGUGUUAGCAGUGUUCUCUUUGAAACUCUCAUGGACCUCGUGGGUGCACCAAGAUUUUCCAGUGCCGUCGGACUUGUCACAGUUGUGGAGUGUGGCCCAGUUCUUCUUGGCCCUCCUCUUGCUGGUAAAUUGGUGGAUAUAACUGGAGAUUAUAAAUACAUGUACAUGGCCUGUGGGGCUAUUGUGGUAGCAGCAAGCGUGUGGCUGCUCAUUGGCAAUGCUAUCAACUAUAGAUUGCUUGCAAAGGAAAGGAAGGAGCAAAGUGCAAGAAAGACGACCAGAGAAUCGGAACGCUUGAGCAAAUCUAAACAUUCGGAAGAUGUUAAUGUCAAAGUUUCAGAUCCACCGAGUGUAACCUCAGAAAGAGAAACUAAUAUUUAACAAGAAUCACAUCUCUGAUUUCAGUGUUUAUUGCUUUCCCUAGCAGUUUGUUUUUCAUUUUGUUUUCUUAAAGUAUUGGAAAAGUUUUUAGCUGAAAUGAGGAGUCACAAUUAAGGAUGGAGAUGAUAUUUUCCUCAAUGGCAAAUUUUAAAUUAGUUUUAAAACUUAUUUGGGUAAAUUUUGAGAUUAUGCAUAGAAAGAAUCCAUGCUACAGGUUUAUUUCCAUACCUGACUCUGGAUGUGGUGGUGAAAAUACUAAUUUUAAAGUCUCCCAGUGACUUUCGGUCUUGGUUAUGUGGAAAGUUCUGAAUUUCAAACCCCUAGUUUAAGUAGGUAGAAGGAGGAUGCCUAAUCCUACAAAGUGAUCCUUAAUACAUUUCAUUUUUUUUGCUUGAUAUUAAUGUAUGAGAUAGAGAUGAGAGACAAUUAUCUCCUCUUACACACAAACACACAUACUCCCACAUGCUUACCCACAUGUGCACAGAGUGUCUGGAGAAUAAAAAACAAAUUAAAAAGAAGUGAUAAUUUAUUUU